CUUCCUGUGUCAAGUGACACACAUCAAACGAGCGGUUAAUUGUGGUAAAAGACACACAUCUUUUCUCUCCCUGGAUCGUCACCUCUUUGGAAACUUAAAAACAAGGUCAUUAUGUCCAUCAACUCUUCCACUCCGUGUCACAAUGAAAGCACAAGAAACAUAGACAUUGUUCCGGUGUGCAUGUAUUCCCUCAUCUGUAUGUUGGGCCUGAUCUUUAAUCUCACAGCGCUGGCCUUUUUUUUUACUCACAAAAAAUCCCGGUCACAAACCACUAUCUACAUGACCAACCUGGCCAUAGCAGAUGCACUGCUCAUUCUUACGUUGCCUGUGAGAAUCUACUACUAUCUGGGUUUCGCUGGUCUUCCUCAAUGGCUCUGUGAGGUCGUUGGUUUAGUCCUGAAGGCCAACAUGUAUGGGAGCAUUUUCCUUCUCACUUGCAUUUGCUUUGACCGCUGUGUAGCGCUCAACUUCCCAAUGUCACUGCGUGUCCAGGAAGCGAGACGCAAGGCGCCUCUGAUUUGUCUUGGAAUAUGGAUUGUCACCUUUGGAGCCAGCGUGCUGAUCUACCUGUCCAAGCGCACACAAGUAUCCUCGAGUGACUGUUUUGAUGGCCUCCCAGUCUACGCCAUACAACCUGUGGUGGUUUUAACCACACUAAUCAUGGGCUUUGGGAUCCCAUUAGUCAUCAUGCUGAUCUGCUCCUGGGGUUUGCUCCGCGCUGUUCGAAAAAGCACCGUGGCUCAGACCAAGCUAGUGGACAGCAGAAAAAUCUACAGGAUGAUUUCCGCCAGUCUCCUCAUUUUUCUGCUCAGUUUUCUUCCUUACCACGCUAUUCUGAUCCUGCUCUCGCUCUAUAUGGACAAUAUAUCAUGCCAAAUGCAGACUGUGUACCGGUACAGUCUGAUGAUGGCAUGUCUCAAUACAGUACUAGACCCCAUUGCGUAUUAUUUCACCACAGAUACAUUCAGGAGGAAUGUAGACAUAGGCUAUGUUCAGAGGACGGUCCCUUUGAACUGUCACAGUUCUGACUUGACCAGCAGGGGCAGAACCAUCACAAGGAGCUAAAGUAGCCACCACCACCAUCCCAAAUGUUUAAAGACAUUAUCGAAAAAAACAGAAGGACCAAUUUUUUAAAAUCCAUAUGCAAAGAUCUGAUUAUAAUUGUCAUAAUAAUAAUUAUUAUAUGGGAACUUUUCUUUUGAUAUCAGGCUGGUUUUGUAUAUGGUUGUAUACAAUGUUCUCUCAAACUGUAAGCUAUAAUAUGCAUUGUUUUUGUUUCACACUAACCCCGUUCAUUUUUAAUAAACAAGAAAAAACGAUUUCAAAAUGUGGGAUGGUGUGUGCCAAUCACAAUUCACAGACGAUUGCUCUGCUCGAGUUGCAGACAGGCUGUGAUGCCAUUCUUUCCCCCUUGUCCUCAUAAUCUUUUUGUUUCUUUCACAGAGCACUUGCAUGGAAGGGUGCAUCAUAAUUCAUAUCUGAAUGGUUUGCACUUUUCUCACGUAUAUUCUCACCACUUCCAGUGUGCAAAGACGUUCACUCUGUGAUGUAGCCCAGUGCAAAUAUUUUUCAGUGGAAGCGCUCACUAUUUGUAAGAUUUAAACUGUAUAUUUUUAAAUGUCUGGGUUUAUUAAAACAAUGUCAAUUUUGCUAGUGCUAAAGGUCAUUUUGUGAAAUUGAUAUUAUUAUAUAUGAAUGAAAUACAAGUCCUUAUGUAAUUUGAAUAAAACUACUGUCUAUAAUCA